AUGGUGUCACCACCGGAUUACUCGGACGCCUUCAAUCCGGUUGACAAGGACACAAAAACCCUUGAAAAGUGCAUCGCUGCCCGAAUCGAGGGCUAUAGCGAUUUGUAUGACGACGAAUUAUGGCUUCUAUUCCAACAAGAAUUCGUAUUAUGGACGGAGCAGCACCUACGACAAGCACCAAUGCCGUCCCUCUUCAAGCUACGAAAAACGCUCCGGAGCAACGGCGUAUACGUGGCAAAGGACCAAAGACACCCGGCAAUCCCUCUUGCCGAAGCACGCGCUGAGGCUGAAAGACACCAAUGGACGGAGAGUGAGCUCAUACAGCUUAUACAGCAACGAGAGCAGCCCAAUUCACCGGACCUCCAUAUUACGUACGGCGAGACAAUUGAAAGGCUACGAAAUCCUACAAACCGAGCACCGCAGCAAAGUGCCCACUUUGAACAACCAGAAACGCCUUCACCACCUACAGCCACGCUACUGGGACCAAUGACAAGACAAAGAUCGCAGCUUCUACAGCCUCAAGAGGCAACACUGAAGGCACCUCUCACACAGCGAUUUUACAACCCGACAACCCCCGGCAUGACAACGACGUACGAGCCAACUGUACCCCCAACGACCCCGGGACGACAGGAUGUCGAAGUAUCGUAUACGGAACAGAACGGACUAUCGUAUAACGCGAAUAUCAGCCACCUACGAAAAGCGUAUAACGAAGAGAUCAAAUACGGAGGAAGCGAGGACACGUUCGAUAUGUGUUACCGUAUCUUUAUAGAGCUUUGUGGAAGCACCGGUGUACACACUGCUGAAGCAAUGAGACGAGCUCUUUGGAUUAUGCUGAAAGGAGACGCACUACAGUUCUAUUUCGAUAAUAUAGAAAAAUGGACUCAGCUACGAAUCGACCCUAUAAUAGCUGUCAAGAACAACUACGAGAACGAAGAGCACCUACGGCACGUACAAGAGCAAUGGGAUACAACAACGUUACCAUAUAUUGUAAGCAAGAACCCGGAGAAAUCGAUCUCUGAAUGCCUCGAGCUCAUGCUACAAGACCUACGUCGGCUCUACAACAAGCUUCGCCCACAGGUUCGAAAUGACAUUACGUAUCACGCAAAGUUGAUAUCAGCUACUCGCCUCGUCCCUGCGUGCCAUGCCGCUACGGGAAAACCUUCACUGACUAUUGCUGGUCUUAUAGAGGACCUACGGUCAAGUGUUAGCCAGUACGAAGACACGAAGCAAGCCGCGGCACAGCACCCUACUGAAUCGUACUAUACAGACCGUCGCUAUCACCGCCGACAAUCACGAUCACCGUACCGAGGCCGUUCACCAUAUCAGAACCAGCAGCAAUACGGUGACCGCAGGCGCCGCAGCUCCUCAUGGAACCACUCACCAAAAACGUGCAACGUUUGCAAGAAGGUUGGAUGCUGGUCAACUAAUCAUACCCCAGAAGAGCGAGAGAAAGCCCUACAGCCGUACAUGGACCGCGUGAAAGCGUACCUCACCGCUAAGGAAGGACAACCCCCAGCAGCUACGAAUCAGGACAGCCCGGACGACGACGAAGAGUUCAAAAUGUUCCUCGCAGGCGUGGACGCACCUAGCAGAUACGAAACGCAGGAUUAUGAGAGCAAAGGACAGUCAUAUGCUGUCAAUUACUUUACGAUUGCUAAUCCAGAGCACGAAGAAUACUCUAAAUCGCUCACUAAUGAUCUUGCCAACCGUUCCGCAGCUCAUUUUCUUCAAUCAAGGCUACGAUCCGGAGUCAACCUGAGGCUGCCUAAAGAAGGCACUAAUACAACAUCUAGAGACGUUGCCGCAACGGUAGACACACCAUACGACACUCUCCCAGUGCUACCCCAGUAUUCUUUUCUUACCGAGCCCCGUUAUUCGACAAACACGUUUAUAGGAGUCCUAGUUGACACCGGCGCUGCAGAACACUCUACAGCCGGAUACCCCCAAUAUCUUGCUUACCGGAGAACCGCUAGGAAUGUCAUACUCGAUACCUCUACGGCAGGACAGGCAGCUAUACGAUUCGGACCAGGUGAAUCAAUUAAGUCUAUUGGCUCGAUCGACGUACCGACCCCGGUCGGCGACGUACGAUUCCAUAUCAUUGAAGUAAUGACACCGUUCCUACUCUCAAUCAAGGACAUGGAUCGACUAGGCAUCUAUUUUGAUAAUACGAAGAACGUUCUCGUUGGACCGAAGCCCGGUAUGACAACGCCAAUCUCACGACGCUUCGGUCAUCCAUUUCUUAUAUGGGAUCACUCGCUCAAAUCGUACUUAACUGAAUCUUUUGACACCGAUACGUGCUUCCUCACGGAAACCGAGCUACGCCGCCUACAUCGCCGAUUCGGCCACCCGUCAGUCGAGAAGCUUCGAAAACUGCUCGUACGCGCUGGCCACGAUGUCGAUACCGAAGCACUAAAGCACAUACGAAAGUUCUGCCACCAUUGCCAAAUCUACGGCCAAUCCCCCGGUCGUUUUAGAUUCACGGUACGGGACGACGUCAGCUUCAACCAUUCAAUUAUUGUCGAUAUUAUGUAUAUUAACGGAAAACCGGUGCUCCAUGUCGUUGACGAAGCUACGCGCUUUAACGCCGCACGUUGGCUCGAAAAUAUUUCAGCGAAAGCGACAUGGACCGCACUACGGAUUAUGUGGAUCGAUAUGUACCUUGGCCCCCCUGAUUUCAUUGUUACUGACGCCGGCAAGAACUUCACCAGCAAAGAAUUCUCGCGAGACGCUUCGUCAAUGGAUAUAAUUGUUACUACCGUACCUGUUGAAGCCCAUUGGUCUAUUGGCGCUGUUGAACGAUACCAUGCCGUACUUCGCCGUUCGUACGAAAUCAUGAAAGAAGAACUACCCGAUAUCUCCGCCGAAGCAGCCUUACAAAUGGCUGUAAAAGCUGUCAAUGACACUGCAGGCCCAGAUGGCCUUGUGCCGACCCUUCUCGUCUUUGGCGCCUACCCACGAAUGACUGAAUAUGACCCCCUGCACCUACGAUUACUCAACGCGCCGCUGCGGUUAAGAAAGCAAUGA